AUGGCUAGUCAAUCUGAUUCAUUAAGAUCUUUAGAAAAUCAAGUUGGUCAUCUAGAAAAUACCUUGAGUAAUAGACAACAAGGAACUCUUCCCAACGAUACUGAAAAUUCGAAGAACAAUGGGAAAGAACAUUGCAAAGCCAUCGCCACUAGAAGUGGAAUACGGAAUGAAGAGCCAUUAAGGGAACCUAGAAAAAAGAUGAGGCUGCUCCAAAGUAUGCCACAACAACAGAAAUUGCCUCCACCUUUUCCACAAUGCUUUAAAAAGAUAAAUGAGGAACAACAGUACAAAGCCUUCAUUAAUGUACUUCGUCAACUUACCAUCAAUAUUCUGUUUAUCAAGACAUUAAAGCAAAACCUGCACUGCAUCAAAUUUAUGAAAGAAGUGAUAUCGAAGAAACAACGACUAGGUGAAUUUGAAACUGUUGCUCUGACUGAAGGCUGCAGCGCCAUGGCUACAAGUCAAUUGCCACUGAAAUUUAAAGAUCCAGAGAGUUUCACUAUUCCUUACGAUAUUGGUGAUACAUUUGUAGGAAAAGCUUUAUAUGAUUUAGGUGAUAGCAUAAAUCUAAUUUCUUUAUCCAUUUUAAAGAAAUUUGGGAGCGGUGAAGCAAGACUAACUACUGUCACGCUGUAG